UUCAGUUUCAUUCCACAGAGAAGAGGAAAGUCUUUAAGAUGUCUUUCUCGAGCAGGUGGAAGAAGACGUCGGAAAACAUGUGCGUUCAUACAUAUAUAACGACAUGUGUCGGUUACAGUCUUUAACUUGGGCACUCUCAAAGCAAUAAAUUUAAGUGGCCUCUAUUUAUAAUUGGCAAGAACAGAAGUGGAAGGCACUCAGAAUCGGAAGGGGGAAAAGGCUGUGCGUGAUAUUUUUGCUGCGCAAUUUCAUCAUGCCAAGCUUAAAUACAGACGCCGGCCUCUCAUGGCUUGUCUUGUAUGUACUCAUAAUUUCAGCCAUACCCAAUUUUGUUCUUCGUUUAGAAGCCGAUCCCCAAAUUGUAGAGGCCGGUCAUGGCUGUAGUCUGAUUAACACUACAAAUCCCACCGCUUUCACUGAAAACCGCAAAAAUGUUUUCUCUUUGCUUGCCGAAAACAUAUCUUCGACAGGCUUCGCUACGGCUUCAUCUGGAAAUGGCACAAAUAAGGUUUACGGGCUUGCGCAAUGCAGAAACGAUUUGUCAAUGGCGGACUGUAGUCAAUGUUAUACAGCGGCCACAGAUCAGAUUGUGAAAUACUGCCCCUUCGAGAUCGGGGCACGUAUGAUUUUCGACGGCUGCUUCUUACGUUAUGAGAAUGAGACUUUCUUUGAUCAGGCUGUCGAUGCCGGCAACUCCAACGUCUGCAUCUCUGUCGUCUCGUCAAGCCCUAAACUUUUCAAUGAAACUGCGCAGAGGCUGCUAGCUGACGUCAGAUCCAAGGCUGUCAAAAACGAGGGUUUUGCCACUGAUGAAAUCAGUGCCAAUGGAUUAUCGACGGCCAUUUAUGGACUGGCUAUGUGCAGGCGGACGCUUACCACAAAUAGCUGUGACGUUUGUCUCCAGCACGCUACUCAGCUCGUAGAACGGUGCUUUUCGUUGCAGGAUGGAAGGGGUCUCGACGCCGGCUGUUAUUUGCGUUACUCAACCCUUCCUUUUUACACCAUUUCUUCUUCUUCCUCAAGCCAUUCGAAGACUCUGGCCAUCGUGGUCGGAACGUUGGGAGGUGCAGCUCUCAUUGCUUUAUUGUGCUUGAUUUUCAUAUUCAGGCAGUCUUUACGAAAGUUUUACAGAAAAGUCCCUGCCCGCAGCCAGCCCGAUGAAGCAGAGGAAUAUUUUGCCGCCGACGAAGACCCUAAGCUGAAUCAUCCUUUUAACUACGAUUCCCUUCGAGCUGCAACGAAAAACUUUGAUUCAAGUAUGAAAAUCGGGGAAGGAGGAUUUGGUCAAGUUUAUAAGGGUGUACUUAGCAAUGGCCGUGAGGUUGCAGUGAAGAAGCUUUUCGUAAAACAGUCGACGAGGGCGUCAGAUGAAUUUGUUACAGAAGUGAAGCUCAUCAGCGCUGUUCGUCACCGUAAUCUUGUUCAAUUGCUUGGUUGUUGCACACGAGGAAAAGAGAAGCUGUUGGUUUAUGAAUUCAUGCCAAAUACAAGCCUUGACAGACAUCUCUUUGGAAAUUCGGCGAAUUCUCUGAGCUGGAAAACGCGAUUUGAGAUCAUUUUGGGAACGGCGCAUGGACUUGCGUAUUUAAACGAAGAGUCCCGGUUUCGAAUCCUGCACAGGGAUAUUAAAUCCGCCAACAUACUUCUGGAUAACGAUUUUCAGGCCAAAAUUGCAGAUUUUGGACUGGCGAGGCUCUUUCCAGAGGACCAGACACAUCUUACCACAAGAGUCGGUGGUACCAUAGGGUAUACUGCACCAGAAUAUGCUCUUCACGGGCAAUUGACAGAGAAGGCGGAUGUAUACAGCUACGGCAUUCUAGUUCUGGAAAUUGUGAGCGGUAGAAAGUAUGUGGAUCCUAAACUUCCAGCAGAGAUGGAACUCCUCUUAGGAUGGGCGUGGAAUCUGUACGAGAAAAAUGAGGCAUUUAGCGUGGUUGACCGAAGAUUAAUUGAGUCAGAUCCACAGGUGAAUAGAGAAGAGAUGUUAAAGGUAAUCCAGAUUGCUUUUCUGUGCACACAAGGAGCUCCUGAAUUGAGGCCAUUUAUGUCAAAAGUGGUGUCCAUGCUCACAAGCAAUACACAGAUUUUGGCUCAGCCCAACCGCCCGGCUUUUAUUGACAACAACUCCACUACAAACACUAGUUUGGAUUCAGGUAAUUUUGGGUGGAUGGAAUCUUCAUCGGGACCAGCAUCCGCAGCUACUGUAACAAACUCUCUGCAAGCACGCUGAGUCAAGCAAUUGAGGCCCUCAUGUAAAAAUCCAAAUGCAUUCCGACUAGACGUCAUUCUUCCGUUCCAGCUUCAAACACAUUUAUUUCCAUCUUCGUGACGGAAUCUUUAUCAUAGAUUACUCAACUUGUCUCCUUAAUUAGGUAGUUAUGUACAAAUUUUCUCCUGCACCCUCAAAGAUGCAUGGAAAUUCGCCAUUGAUCCAUCUAUCAGUCUAUUGCCUCCUCUUGAACACAAUUUGCCAGAGUUGAAUAUGCCAAGAGAUAAUGUUUGAAUAAACCUAUGACGUCCACCAAGCUCUCAUGCUUUUUGUGAGCUUCACCGACCUUUGCAAAUUAUGUAUCAUCCGGACUUAGUCUGUACAUAAUUUAGGGGUGUGAUUUUAGUCUGUACAUAAUUUAGGGGUGUGAUUUUUCAUUUACAUGGUUGUUUUAAAUGUGUAAUAUAUAAAUUAAUAAACAAUUUUUUUACUUAA